AUGCCAAUCAAAUAUAGCUGCAUCAACGACGGCACCGUCUUGCUGGCGGAGUACCCGCCUGGCGAGCAGCCGAAGCUGGCGGAGACGAUGCAGAAGGUGAUCGCCACCGUCCCUGGGAAGGAGUACCGCCGCAAGACGAUUGAAGACAAGGAGGGGGGAGUCAAUUACCACUACAUCAGCAACGGCGAGGGCCGCAUCGUGGCAUGCGUGACGACCAACGAAAUGCGUAUGCGAACGGUGUUUGCGUUCCUGGAGGCGGUCGAGCCGCUUGUGCGGGGGAACGUUGGCCCCCCCGGCACGGAGCUCCGCAACGGCAAAAAGCUCCUGCAGCAGAAGAUGGAUUUCUACAAUAAUCCUCAGAACGACAAGAUCACGGCGCUGAAUGAUGACAUCAACCAAGUAGUAGACGUCAUGAUGGACAACAUGGAUAAGGUCCUCGCCCGCGGCGACCGUGUCGACACGCUGCACGAGAAAUCCAACACACUUGCCGACCAGGCGGAACAAUUUAAGCAGCGAUCAACACAACUAAAGCGGAGUAUGUGCCUGAAAAAUAUUAAACUUACACUUAUGAUUAUUGGAACAGUUGGCGUCGUCAUUCUCAUUAUUGUGGUCAUUGCGUGCAAGCCAAAUUUUUCAAAUUGCAAGUGA